AUGGGCUCUCGUGACGACGAAUACGACUACUUGUUCAAAGUUGUUCUGAUCGGAGACUCUGGUGUCGGAAAGUCAAAUCUUCUGUCCCGAUUCACAAGAAACGAGUUCAACUUGGAAUCCAAGUCAACGAUCGGAGUCGAGUUCGCCACGAGAAGCAUUUCGGUGGAAGGCAAGACGGUCAAAGCUCAAAUUUGGGAUACUGCUGGACAGGAACGUUAUCGUGCCAUCACAUCGGCUUACUAUCGUGGAGCUGUUGGAGCUCUUCUCGUUUACGACAUCGCGAAACAUGUGACAUACGAGAAUGUGGAACGGUGGUUGAAAGAACUUCGUGAUCACGCUGAUCAAAAUAUUGUCAUUAUGCUGGUUGGAAACAAAAGUGAUUUGCGCCAUUUGCGUGCUGUUCCUACUGAUGAAGCGAAAAUAUACGCUGAAAGAAACCAACUUUCGUUUAUUGAGACAUCUGCCCUCGACAGCACCAACGUUGAAGCAGCUUUCACAAACAUCCUGACUGAAAUCUAUAAGUCGGUGUCGAAUAAGCAUGUUGGAACAGAUCGACAAGGAUACGGUGGUGGUAGUGGGACUAUUAUUCCAGCUCCACCAACUGAACCGCCGAAGAAGCAGUGUUGCAACUCAUAA